CGGAGGAGUUUUUCCGGCGUGUCUAGCAGGUGCGCCACAUCAUGUCCUGCCCGCGUUUCUCCCUCCGCCGGAGACGACACACCGGAGGAGCCACGCGGAGCGCGCCCACGUCCGUCACGGGAGGCAAAAAUCAUCAACAACUCCAGUGAGGAAGAGGAGGAAGAGGAGGAAGGGGGCGGCGAGCACUUUAUCGGAGAUAAGGAAACCAAGAAGAGAGGAGAUGGUAGAGAACCCCGCCUGUCGUUCUCGGCCAAGUCGGUGGUGCUGACGUGCCCCGAGGAGGACGAGCGCGACGUCGCCCGCGCCACCGUCAUGCGCUGGAAGACUGUGUCGGCCAUCUUCUUCCUGGUGGUGGUCUACCUGGUGAUCGGCGCCGCCGUCUUCCGCGCGCUGGAGCAGCCGCACGAGCGAUCGCAGAAGUUGGCCAUCCUGGCCGAGAAGCUAGACUUCUUGGCCCUGCACGCCUGCGUCAACUCCUCCGAGCUGGAGGAUCUGGUCAAGCAAGUGGUUUCGGCCGUCCGAGCUGGUGUGAACCCGUCGGGAAACUCCAGCAACCGGACGAGCCUGUGGGACCUCGGCUCGUCGUUCUUCUUCGCGGGAACCGUCAUCACCACCAUCGGAUUUGGCAACAUCUCGCCACACACGGAAGGCGGGCGGAUCUUCUGCAUCAUUUACGCUCUGAUGGGGAUCCCCCUCUUCGGCUUCCUGUUGGCCGGCGUGGGCGACCAGCUGGGCACCAUUUUUGGCAAGGGCAUCGCCAAAGUGGAGAAGAUGAUCGUGAAGUGGAAAGUCAGCCAGACCCAGAUCCGCGUCAUCUCCACGCUGCUCUUCAUCCUGUUCGGCUGCCUGAUCUUCGUGGCGCUGCCGGCGGUCAUCUUCAAGCACAUCGAGGGCUGGAGCACGCUGGAGUCCAUCUACUUCGUGGUCAUCACGCUCACCACCAUCGGGUUCGGAGACUUUGUGGCCGGGGAAAAAGGUGGUUCCGAGAGUCCGGAGUACCUCAAGUACUACAAGCCGGUGGUGUGGUUCUGGAUCCUGGUGGGUUUGGCCUACUUCGCCGCCGUGCUCAGCAUGAUCGGCGACUGGUUCCGUGUCAUCUCCAAGAAAACCAAGGAGGAGGUGGGCGAGUUCCGGGCUCACGCGGCCGAGUGGACGGCCAACGUGUCGGCUGAGUUCAAAGAGACCCGCCGGCGCCUGAGCGUGGACAUCUACGACAGGUUCCAGCGCGCCGCCUCCAUCAAGCGCAAACUGUCGUCAGAGCUGGGCAUCAACGCCUCCGCCAGCCAGGAAAUGACGCCCGGCAAACGGACGCUGUCGGCCAACCUCGCCGACGAGCGCGAGGCGUACUCCAACUUGACUCUGUCGCUCACGCCCGUGCCGGGCGCGCUGACCCGCGACGGCGGCCUCUUCCUCAACGGCCUCAGCCCGGACUUUGCCGACCGGCUGGAGGUCGCCGUCGUUGAAAACUCCGAAUGAGGACACGUUCCAAGCAUUCCCGUGCACCGGAGGCUCGUACGGGGGAGGAGCCUCGAGAAGCUCGCAACGUUCCGUCGAACAGGGGCGUAGCCAGAAGAUUUUUCGCGGGGCGGCCGAAAUCGAUCGUCGAAGGGGCCGCGGUGCCGAUGCUACUUUUCCGCCUUGCAAAAACACGAUAGCGGUGGCCGCCGGGUAGCUCCGCCCCUUCCAUCGACACGGUCUCAUGAGAGUUUAGUAGCAAAUAUUACAGAAAGUUCAGUCGCAUUGCUUCGAAGAGGGCUUAGAAACCUAAGCCACCUUCGCAGCAAUCCGCAAAACAUGGCCGACCCGACAUUCCAGAACUAGGGAUUCGAAACCUUUGGGGUGCGGCGAAUUUUUUUUAUAAUCCUAACGCCAACGAAACAUAACUACCAUGUACGCACCUAAGUGGCAAUGCAAUAUUUUCAACUGAAAUAUUCAUGACUUGUUUAAUAGAAAUUCACUAAAUCAAAUGCAGCUGCAUUAAAUUCAUUACAGUGGAACCUCGAUAGAACGGAUUAAUAGGGGCGGGGGGUCGUCCCAGAUAGCCGAUUGGCCGUUAAAUUGAAGCACUUUUUCUUAAGCCAUAUGCACCCAUAUUACAGUACGGUACAAAAUUAUUGUUUUCAGUUAUUUUUCUCGUGGCCUUAAAAAACGCCCGGUACAGUCUCAAGUUAAGCUUGAAAAUGUUUGAAAGUUUCAUAUUUCAUCCAAACGCCGGUUUCCUUGGUCACAGUGACAUUGUUGACGUACAGUACUCAUCGUAGGCAAGUGGCUUGUGAGGAAUUAGUGUGCUCCCUCGCUCCAAAUCCGUUGCCAAAGGCGAACAGCUUGAUAACAAAAAAAAUCUUACUGUACCAAAAAUAGCAUGUUCCACACUUUAGAGACUUGUGUUUUGUAUUCCUCAGAGCCAUGCCACUCUCUCUCUCUCUCUCUCUCUCUCUCUCUCUCGCUCUAUGCACAAUAGACAAUACAUAGAUGGUCGCCACAUCAAUGCCCCGCAUUCAACAUGGCCGCCACAUAGACACGGGAGGCCCGUCUUUUGGAAUUGGAUCUGUUUUUUGUAUCUCUGUGAGCCGUAAAUACGUCAGCCCCAUUCUCUGCCUGCGUUGCGCCACAGCGCCAGUAAACAACAGUGGCCAAUUAUGGAACUAAAAGACUUCGUCAACGGCAAUUUAAGUGACAAAUGAAAACUAUUUUUGGACACAUCGUUCAGUUCCGACGCUCCGUUUUCUCGAAGAUCCACUGUUCAGCGACGCGACGCAAAAGACUCAAGAAAUAUGGCCGCCAUGCAGCAAAUCGCUCCACAAAAAUGACCAACAUGAUGCCAGAGACUCCGCAAACACGGCCGGCGUGCUGAAACUCUGUCCGCAAACAUGGCCGACAUAAUCCAACACAUUCCAACAAGAUGGCAACCGUGCUACAAAACACUCCACGAACAUGGCCGACAUUGUAGAUAGAUGCUAUUUCGAUAUUCAACUAAUUCAUCUGCCAUUUGUAAAAAAAAAAAAAAAAAAACCUACAAAAUACUGGUGAGAACAAACUCAAAUCGGAGUCAGAAAAAAAAAUCAAUCAAUCAAUCAAACAGAAGAAAAGGAAACGAAAGAAAUCAAAGCUUUGGCAAAUCUGGGUCGCUGGACUUGUGAGCGACUCUAUGAGCGAUUUACCCACGAGGCUCAAACAUCUGCAUCAGAUAAACGAGGAUCCUCGGCACCUGACCACACACUUCAGAAGGAAUGUGCUUUUCGUAGUCUUUUUUUUUUUUUUUAUACAUAUGCCUUGUUACGUUUCCUCUCAGUUUGGCCCCUCGCUCACAAGAUGAAGACGAAUGUUGACAUUUAUUGUUGUUGUUGUUGUUGUUGUUGUCCCCGGAUGAUUGACAGGCGGCCCUUCACCCCGAAGGCAUCGCCCACGUGUGCCUUACUGGAACGCUCGCAGUCAACAUGCGUGGAAGACACGAGGUAGUACCAACGCAGCGGACGCUCUGAAAAGGACGGCAAUCUCGGCCAAUAUGUGAAGCGAAGCCGCGUUCGUCACGGGGGAUACAGAAUGUUCCGGACCGACCGGCGAUUGGAGAAAAUCGACGAUAUAGACCGCAAGGGUGUCAAACUCAUUUUUGUUGCCGGCCACACUGUAGCUAUGGUUUUCGAGCGCCGUUUCCCUUAUGACAGUGAAAGCAUACAAAUGGGUAAUUGUCUCAUCAUCUUAUUACAUACUGUAAAUACACAAAAACAUUUAUGGAAAACUAGUUUUGAAGUAGGAAGUCAAGGAAAACAACUUGUUCAAUUUAUUUAAAAAGAAAAAAGAAGUUGUUUGCCAACACAAAAUGCUUGGAAUCGCUUGACGUUAAUAAAAGUGGAGACAAGUUUUUGGCAAUUUUAGCAAGAAAGGUGAAGUAGUAGAUGCACAUGAUUUGCUUUCGCGGGCCACAUAAAAUGAUGCGGCGGGCCGCAUCCAGCCCCCGGACUUGAGUUUGACACCCGUGAUAUAGAGUGAAUGUAUUUUUUUUUCAUUUUUUGUAUGUAGUUUUGCCCCCUGUCACAUGCUUCAAACCCAUUUAAACUCACGAAUACACACUUCAACUUAUCCAACACACUUGUUAGCAUUGCUGAGUGCCUGCUUUCACUUUCACGGUCAAGAAACGAGAGACGACGGCGUCGUACAAAACGUGCUCGCUUCGAGCUGUUGAUUUGUCACUCCCACCUGAACUUGACAGUAAAACUGACUCGUACAACAAAAGAGAAUCCCAAAGGCCAAAAUGUCCGCUAGCUUAAUGCUAACAUAUACGGCAUCGUCUCCGCAGAAUGUAUCACGCGUUCAAGUGUCUUAUGUUUUCAUUGCUCAAGGCGCGCCGUGCGCUGUGUCCUGAACGCGACAAAGCAAAAUGCAUCGUGUCUUAUCAAAGACGGGCAAAAGUAUCGAGAGUUAAUCAGUGAAGUAGCUUUUUCCGCUUCCUGGGUCAGGCGUCCCAAUACUUUGUGUCCCGUCCUUAAGGCGUGGCUUUCUGAAGAUGGAUGAUUGACGGGCGGUGCAAAAGGGGCGCUGUUGCGUCAUACGUCGGGUCGCAUGUUGUUAGCGUGCGACCAACUUCCAAAGCGCAUCCGCUUGUUUUCCGUUAGACGGUUGGCGGGCACGCCGAAUGUGAUUUUUGCAUUGGUUUGGAAUGGGUCACUUUCGUCCAAAUGUUGCCCAAAAUACGUUGCAAAGUCAACCUUUCGCCACCUGCAACAACAAAACGCUCGCGGUUCGCCUUUUGCCAACUCGCGACUUUUCAAGCGUUGCAUGCGCGUCGAAAUGUUAGCCGACUUCUCGUGUACGAAAUCUCGUUUUUGGCGACGACGCGGCCACGUUAGCUGUCAACGUCGCCUCAAACUGCCAAACAAACUUGGAAAACAUUUGAAAUAAAGUCUUUCAUAUGCAAAACGA